GUGUUGCUCAUGAGGUCAGCCUUGCUUUAUUUUUGCUUAAAGGAGACGCAACAAAGCGCACUGGAAGACGACGGUAUAUGGGCGUGCAAAUAGUGUGGUUUGCUAUAGCUUUAAGAACAUAAAAAUAGUGUCGGGUUCUUUAAAAAUGGAUUUUGCAUAGUUAUCAUAGCUAUUAACUAAGUUUUGAGUAAAUGUUAAAUAAAUAUAUGCAUCUGAUUUUCAACAGAGGCUGAAGUCCUCAGUGAAACAUGUUUGCCAAUCGGAUUAGGGCCUUAAACAAUCAAACUGUUAUUUUAUUUUACAUUAAGCCUUGCAGCCUUCUCAAAUCAAGAAAUUAUAAUUAACUCUUCCGGAUUAAAGGUAGGAAUCAUUAUAAUAUAUUUGCGGUUAUGGAACCGCCAAUGUCUGAAACAAUCGGCAACAAAGAGGAAAGACAGCUAGCAAUUGCUAGUGAGGAGGCCGCGCAAACAUCCCCGUCACAGGGUGCAGUGUCCACCCCGCGGAGGGCAUUGAGAGGACGCGGAGCAUAUCGCUCAAAGACCGAGGUUUCUAACUCGCCAAAUAGGAAUGGCGCUGCAUCGAGCACCCCUGCGUCAGGUCGGGUUUUACGUGAUCGUUCAACUCGAGCAGUACCGGCUUGGCGGCUUAACGAAGCCAGUGAGGAUACGGAAGAGCCUGGCUGCGAUGCCGAUUCCAAUCGACGGAGAAAACCUGCAAAUCCUCGGCGGCGAAGAAACACUGCAGCUGCCAGCGCCACAGAGGUGGUCAGUGAGACUGGGGAUCAUUCCAGGCCAGCUACAGGUGUAGAUAAUAAAAGGGAUUCCGCAGUUACACGAGCCCCUCGCUCAAGGCGAAGUCAGGCCCAGGGCCGAUCUAAGACACCCUCCACUCGGCAAUCUGGUGGGUCACCCAGAAUGGUCUGCAAAAGUGAGCCAGACGCUGAUGCAUCCUGUGUUGUGACAGACAAGACUGCUGGCAGGAGAGCCGUGGGAAAAGAGAAGAAGGAGAAUGAGGAUGGUUCUGAGAGAGCACAAGUGGAGGAAGAAGAGGAACUCUCACUUCAAGCUGACUCACAAGACCAGAACCUUCAUCCCAAGCCUCAAAGUGGGGGAGAGGAGGGGUUAAGCAGUGAUGAAGAUGUACCAUUUAGAGAUGACCUAAAUGAUCAGAGCUAUGACCCUAAGGCUGAGAGGGACCCACACAAGCCAAGGCGCAAGCCCCCUUCCCGAAGUAAGGAGAAGAAAGAAAAGGCUCCACCCAAGGAGCCCGAGAUCAAGACCGAGGGUGGAGAAAGUGGAGAUGUGAAGCAGGAAAAUGAGUUUGGAGAGGUCGCAGAGCCACCCAGGAAGAGGGGUAGGCGGCGAAAGGAUGACAAAAGUCCUCGGCUUCCAAAAAGAAGGAAGAAGCCUCCAGUGCAGUAUGUACGCUGUGAGAUGGAGGGGUGCGGGACCGUGCUGGCUCACCCUCGUUAUCUUCAGCAUCAUAUUAAGUAUCAGCACUUGCUGAAGAAGAAGUAUGUGUGUCCUCAUCCCUCGUGUGGUAGGCUGUUCCGGUUGCAGAAACAGCUUCUGCGUCAUGCCAAGCACCACACAGAUCAGAGAGACUACAUCUGCGAGUUCUGCGCUCGUGCUUUCAAGAGCUCACACAACCUCGCUGUGCAUCGCAUGAUUCAUACUGGGGAGAAGCCCUUACAGUGUGAAAUCUGUGGCUUCACAUGUCGCCAGAAGGCAUCUCUGAACUGGCACAUGAAGAAGCACGAUGCCGACGCUUUCUACCAGUUCUCCUGUGGCAUCUGCGGCAAGAAGUUUGAGAAGAAGGACAGUGUUGUGGCCCACAAGGCCAAAAGCCACCCGGAGGUGCUGAUCGCUGAGGCGCUGGCUGCAAACGCUGGUGCCCUCAUCACCACCCCUGGAGCUCUGCUGGAGGCGUCGUCCUCCCUCCCCGUGUCCGGCGUGGAGCAGCAGCCGCAGCAGCCCGAGGCCCAGCAGGUGUUGGUGGUGGGCGAGGACACCCACACCCUCCACACCAUGCAGGUGCCCGUCACCCUUGCCCUGCAGACGGCCGCGGAGGACGACGGGGACGUCGGCGGCGCACAGGAGCACCAGCCGUCUCACGCCCCUCAGCCCGCCCACACCCACGCGCUGCAGAUGCCCCUGCAGUUUGUGUCCACGGUGGCGCCGGCCGGCUCGCAGGCUCCCCAGAUCCACCAGCUGACUCUGCACUCCGGCCAGACGCUAGUGGCCCAGCCCAAGCAGCAGCAGCCGCAGCAGAUCACCCUGCAGGCCUACAGCCCGCAGAUGCAGACGCAGAUACUGCACAUGACCUUCCAGCCCGUGACGCACGGCGUUCCCGUGCAGCAGCAGCAGGCGCACAUUCAGCAGCUCCCCUUGCUCUCGGCCACCCCGCAACAGCAGCUUACCCUCCAGCCAGUGCCCCAGCAGCAGCAGCAGCAGCAGAGUCAAGCUCUCCAGAGGCCCCCAGAUCCAGGCCACCCUCCCAACCCCACCCUCCUCACCCAAGUAGUGCAGGAGGACCCCACUGACUGCCAGGAGACUUUGGGGUUUGCUCACGACCCUGCACCCCCUUCUUCCUCCCCUCCUCCCUCCAAUUCUUCCCCCGGUCGAGAGCCAGGGGACACAGGUGUGGUGUGGGAAGGAGGUGAGAAUGGGGAAACUGGGGACAUUGGAGGGGUUUGGGAGAGGGGCAGUGAAGGGGGAGGUCCGGUUUUGACCCAUGGAUCAGAAGGUCAGGUACAACAUGGACUCAUAUAGAUAACCGGUAUGAAUGAUGUCUGGAGAAAGAAGAGAUACGUACGGAAUUCUGUCAUGCAAAUAUUUAACCAACAAACUCACUAAAGAUGCAGUGGGAUUUGGUCAGCAUUGUUUGCCUGAUGUGACAUUCCGACCAAAAUGAAGAUGAUAGUCCUUCCCCUUACUGUACCCUUAUGACACAAAACCCUAUAGGAUCACAAAUAUCUUCUAUGUAAUCAGCGUAACAUUUGGUAGGUUUUUAGAACUGUCUGUAUCAGGGAAAUUUGUGCUUAAGUUCUCAUUGUUUUUUGUACAUAAACCGUUUUAGUCCUCUAUAACCAUCACAAUAUUGUGUGUGCUUAGUUGAGUGAAAGACACUGGGUAUCUGGAUUUUCAAUAUAAAAUAUGGAAGUCCAGA